AUGGCUGGUGGGCAAGAUAAUUCUGCCGGUCAAGGUAGGAAUGAUGACGAAACAAGUGGAAUUUUGGGUAUUGAAAGACCCUUCUACUUACAACUUAAUCUUGGGAAGAGCAUGGUUGCACGCCAUGCAAUCAAUGGCAUCAACCUACCAUCAGUAAACGGUAGUCGGGCUGCAAAUGGGUUUGUACAAAUGGUAGAAGAGCCAGAAAGCAACAAGCUAUUUGCAGAUGUUGGCAAAGCAGCCGAACAGAAGGCAGUAGAAGACUUGGUAGAGUUCAUUCUAAGUCUGGAAUGGCUUCACUUGGAGGCUAAUUCAUUUGAGGGAGAGAUACCUCAAAGCUUGAAACUGAUGAGGGGCUUAAGAGUAUUGGAUCUUUCGCACAACAAUUUGUCGGGGCUGAUCCCAAGUUAUCUAGGUGAGUUUCAACUAGAUAUGUUGAAUUUGUCUUUUAAUAAACUACACGGACAAGUUCCCAUACAAGGAGUGUUUGGAAAUUCAGGUGCAAUUUCAAUUGUUGGAAAUAAUGAUCUAUGUGGAGGUAUUGCAAAAUUAGACCUUCCUCCUUGUUCAUCCUCCUACUCAAGCAAGAAUAAGCUCUCUCAUAGGACAAAAGUGAUCCUAGUGGUGGUUGGUGUUGUGAUAUUUUUAUCUUUGUUAGUUAGCUUCUUUAUAUUUCUUCAACUGUAUCAUGUUUCAAAAAAGGUGGCUUCUUCCACGCCAUCAAUCAUGCAUCAAUUUUUGAGGGUUUCUUAUGCAAAUCUUCUCAAAGCCACCAAUGGAUUCUCAAAGGCUAAUCCAAUUGGUGUUGGGAGCCAUGCUUCAGUUUACAAAGGGAUUCUUGAUCAAUAUCAGAUGGUUGUGGCAGUGAAAGUGCUCAAUCUUCAGACUGGAGGAGCCUCUAGGAGCUUCAUGAUAGAAUGCAAAGCACUAAGAGCCAUAAAGCACGGAAAUCUAUUAAAAAUUUUAAGUGUUUGUUCUAGUGUGGAUUUCCAUGGUAAUGAAUUCAAAGCUUUGGUGUAUGAAUUUAUGGCCAAUGGAAACUUAUGCAAAUGCCUACAUCAAGUUGGAGUGGGAGACCACAGACAGCUAGAAGAACCCAGAAAUUUUAAACUACUCAAGAGGCUGGACAUUUCGGUUGAUGUCGCUUCUGCACUUGAGUGCCUUCAUUGUGGUUGUGAGUCGACAAUUAUUCAUGGUGAUUUGAAACCAAGUAAUGUUCUUUUGGAUGAUGGGAUGACAGCUCAUAUUGGAGAUUUCGGGUUAGCAAAAAUUAUUUCUACCAUUUCAAGUGAUGUGGCUCAAGGUCAAACCAAUUCAAAUGCAAUAAGGGGAACCAUCGGCUAUGUUGCUCCAGAGGUCUGGGCUGCAAUUAAAGGCUGUGAUGGGAAUAAAGCUCUUGGCCCGGAUGGGUUUAAUCUGAUGUUCUUUCAAAAGUGCUGGCCAGUUUUCAAGAAUGAAUUUAUGCGCUUCUUUAUGAAAUUCCAUGAGCGUGCGAUGCUACUUAAAGAGCUGAAUAACUCUUUUGUGGCUCUUAUCCCAAAGAAAGAAAAUCCUACCAGUUUGGUUGACUUUCGACCAAUUAGUUUAAUUGGUUCUGUAUAUAAAAUAUUAGCUAAAGUGCUUGUUGCAAGGCUAAAGUUGGUGUUUCCUAAGAUCAUAGGAGAUGUGCAAUUAGCUUUUGUUGGGGACAGGAAUAUACAAGAUGGGGUGCUUAUUGCAAAUGAAGUGGUGGAUGAUUGGAAGAAGAGGAAGAAAAAAGGACUAAUUCUAAAGCUUGAUUUUGAGAAAGCUUAUGACUCUGUGAAUUGA